CAAUUAAAAUAGAAUACGAUAUGGAGGGUAAAAUAUUGAAUAUAGAACUGGAUGAUAAUGCCUCAGCUGUGGACUCCGGCAAUACCGCAUCUUCUAUCAAUGACUUCGAUCAUUUUGACAACCCGAAUAAUCUGCACAGUUUACUGGAGCAGGAGGCUGUGACAAAACACGAUGUAGAAGAAUUAAAUGGCAUAAUAAGAAUCCGGGACCGUGAAAUUGGUGAGCUAAAGGGAAAACUGUCGGAGCUGGAAAUAAAAGCAUCCGUUUUCGGCGACAAGGAAAGUCUUUAUAAGGACAAAAUCUUGUACAUGGAGGAGCUAAUAGCUUCACUAAAAUUAUCUAGCGACAGUCCAACGAAGGAACUUAAUCCGCAAUCGAAAAUGAAAUUGGACGAGCUGACCUUAAAGAUUUCAGGGCUUCAGGACGAUUUAAAGGGCAAGCUUACCGAACGAGACGAGAUGAUUAAAGCGUUAAGGAAACGUAUUUCAGAGCUGAAUACGAAAAUCAAUGAAUUGGAUAAAAAGAAGAAGCUUAAAAACAUUUAUAUUACAACUCCCUACGGGGCCACGAAACAGCUUAUGUACGUACCGGGGUUUCCACCUUUUCGUCCCACGCUUGAGCACGGGAUUGCUGGGCCAGGUUGGGUUGUGAUCCAACGUCGCAUAAAUGGACUUACGAAUUUCCAAACUAACUUGGUCUCAUAUCGAAAUGGAUUUGGCGAUCCCAAGGGAGAAUUGUGGCUUGGGUUAGUUAAGCUGCACGCGAUAACCAGCUAUCAACGACAUGAACUCUAUGUCCAUAUAGUUGACUACGAUCACAACACCCAUUAUGCACGAUAUGACAACUUUGUGGUUGGCAACGAAAAGGAGAACUACGAGCUCAAGUCCCUAGGCACAUAUGUGGGGGAUGCCAGUGAUGCCAUGCGCUUGAGCGAGAAGAAGCCCUUCACCGUGCCCACAAGUAAAUUCAAGAGUGGCUGGUGGUGGUACGACAAUAUAAUACCCACCUGCAAUCCUAAUGGCAUAUACUCUAAAAAGAAAGUUGACGAUCAAGAAAACAUAUUUUGGGGACUCAACAAGUGGGGUAAAAAGGGAAACUAUAUACGUUCCAUACAGAUGCUGAUAAAGCCCAAAGUAAACACAUCAAAAUAAGAGC